GUUAUGAUGUUCGUAUAUUGCGCGGCGUGUGAGUUUGCGAGGGUCCAAGGUGGCCACUAUUCGCGACCGAGCACAGAACCAUGGUAGAUACGGCCACACCUGCAAUAUCACAUCCCCGUCUUUUCAGCUCGCCUGCAUAUCUCAAGUCGACGUUACAGCCUCCUUGCAUUCAUUGUUCAUCAUUAUCCAUCAUGUCUCUGUCUAUUGAACAACCGCGAUCAGAUCAGGCCGCUCUCCUGAAGAAUCGUUGCACCAUCCCCAACCAUCUACAUAUCUUCGUCGCUCGACCAAACGUGCACGACAUAUCUUCAUCGCAGCAGUUCAACUACGAUGCGCUCAACAGGUCGACGAUCGAAGCACAUUUCCAGAGAAACGUUGCAUCCAGCUUUAUCUCUCUAUACGAGAGCAAAAACACCGCCUCAAAAAAGCACCCUCAUAUUGUGAAAGGCAGAGAAGAAACCCCUUCGUACGAUGCUAUCGUAGUAGACGUAGAUACAAGCGGGAUGGUACCUGCCUGGAUGAGCAUGGGAAAUGGUGUGCACAUCCCGGUCUGGUUUGAGGAAGACAUCCGAGAGCCGGAAGAAGGUCAUCACGAAGAGGUAUUGUGGUUUUGCCUCGAAGAGGUGAAGACAGUGCUUUCGAUGGACCUCAAUCUGGGAGAGAAGGGCGAAUGGCUUGCUUGCGGUUACAUCCCCCAAAGCAGGAUGAUUAUACACAGCGCAUCGUCGAAUUCAGAACCUCUGCAAAGGGUAUCAAAUGACGAAGAGAAAUAUGAGGCUGAUAGACAACCACGCUGCGAGCGUAUUCGCGUCGAAGACGGAAGGCUUCCACUUGGCCAGAAACGGCUUGAGCAUAUGGCCGAGGGGGCACAGUCCUCUUGUUCCGUCAAGGCCCCUCCUUCUAUUCCGACUCGGAAGAGCUCCCUAGGCUCACUGGCCUGUAAAGACAUUGGUGAGCGCAAGAAGGAAGUCAGUGCAGGUUCCAAAAUAAGCUGCAAAACACGCAAUGUGCGAAUCACUGUAACAAACGCAGACCCACAUAGCGCAGCGUCCCUCAUGAAAUAUGCCAUAUUGAUGGCGCAUGGAAGAAAGAUGGAGGGUGACGAGACAUGGCAUGCAGAGACGGCAUCAUUAGCUGGAGAUUCAAAUCGAUCAGAAAGCAUACUGACGAUCGAGAAUGAGGUACCUAAUAAGAAACGAAGCGGCUUUACAGCCCGUCAUGUUGGAACCCCCAUGACACCGCCAGCUUCGCCAAAGGAACGGUCUAGACAGCUGGAUACGCUUGGUAGGAGACGCCACGGAAAUGGAAAGGAUCUAACGCUACGUCACGAACUUGCUCAGCGUGACGAUGGACAGUGUCUGGAAGAAGGACCAAGGAGUCUACGUCGAUCCGCCGCUCCAUCGCCCUCUCAUUCGAUGUUGAAGUCCCAUCAGGAAAGAGAUAAUGCAGCUUCGUUUCAAGAUCGCCGUUCGCGCCGCGACCUGCUUAUUGAGCUACAAUCAGACCAAGACUCCGUACUUCGGGAGUACGCGCAAGUCAGCCUACAAGAUCCCAUCAUCCUCCAACAAGUACAUGACCAUUCUCUUAAUGGUAGUACCAGCUACGAUGCAGAAAGUCGAACACACAAUCAGGAGGAUAGCCAAUCCCCCAUCUCCCUCAGCAACCAUCUCACGGCCUCAACACCAUCUUUUCUGGUACCAUCCCAUCACCCACGCUCCAACCACGACACCCAGAAUAAAGGUCAUGAGCCGCCUCGGGUCGAACCACCAGCUCCAUCUUCCCACUCCACCACGACCAGUCUCUCUUCCCUCUCGGAUUCCGAGCAUGCUUCCAUUGGAAGAGCCGUUUACGCCUCCGUCGAACCCGCCUCUCAUAUCAACAAAGUCGACAAUGUUCGGAGCGGUCAGAAGUCAGAACCUGGCUUGAGAUCAGACUCGUCUGACAGGCAAUGGAGUGCUCAAAGUAGUCCUGCACCUCGAUUUCUCGAACCACAAGCAGACGCGGUACUAGAGCCUUUCCCAGCUCUCAAUCCGUGGGCACAACCGGAACAACCAGGGGGGGAAGCGAAUUUGCCUCCACAAACAAUGCCGACCCCAACCGUCUUUCCUGCAGUGUCUGCUCCGACCCCAACGCCAGCACCAGUGCCCUCAAAAGGCGAGGCUUUUCUGGCCAGAGCGAAAUGCCUAGGCGAGAAGGGCAGAGAAAUAACGAGUCGAAUAGCAGAGAUCAAGGAACGUCAACAUAAAUCCGAGGCGAAGAAGGACAAGUGGGGGUUGAGUAAGUGGAGAUCAGGCGAGAAGAGGAAGGAUGGAAACAAGCGGUUAGGUGACCAAAAUGAAUAAAGUUGAUAUAAGGGUAGGCCAAGGAGAGACAAGAAUUGGCUGAAAUCUGCGAACGUCCGUGAAGCUAUAUAUGGAUGAUGACUGAGGUUU